AUGGUCUGGUCUUCCUCUCUCUCUCCUGCGCUUGUUUCAAAUUCCUCCACCUCGUCCUCUGCCCCGUCUUCUACCUCACUUCCUGACACCACCCAUUACAACCUAACCUCCGGUGAAUCUCCUUUAUUGCUGGUUUCCAACCCCUUUUUGCAGCUCCUUCCUUCCGGCGCUGAAUAUGGCGUUUCAAUUGGCAUGUUUAAAUCAUGGGCUUGUCGAGACUACUUGAGCAGCGGAGGAAGUAAAACUUUACAACAUUUGGCCCGACUACCAUCUCUCUCCUCUGAAACCCUAGACGGUGAUUUGGGAGGCGAUGAAAACGACGCGAUAUUGACUGUAAGAGCAGCAGCCCGAGAUCUGCCUCUGCAAGGCAAGAGGCAAAUUCAAAGGAAGCUGAUAAAGUCUCAGACCAACUCAAGUCCACUUCAAUCUCUGAGGGUAAAGCCCCUUCUGGUUGUUGCGAAUGCAAAUAAGUUUAAAAGGCAUGGAUGUAAGCAUUUUGACAAGAUAUCGGCUAUAUUUAGGGACAUAUAUGCAACAUGGAUGCAUGCCCACCCGUCCACUACAGCACCCCCCGCAAUCAUUUUGCCCACUCCCAAUGAUGACGAUGAUGAGGAAGAGGGUUGUGAGGUCAGUCCCCCACCUUUACGUAAAGGUAAGAAAACCAAAAGAGAUGCUUUAUCUCCUGGUAUAGCUGCACUCUUGUCAAACAUGAAUGAGAAUUCUGAGAGGAGAGACGAGAGAAUGGAAGUUGCAAUAGAGAAAACAGCUAAAGCAUCUUCUACUUCUACUCGUGUAUCUUCAUGUGAGAAAAGAGAUGAUGAAGUUCUCUCUCCCUCUAAAAAGGAUAGGGAUUAUGAAAUGUUUGACGCCUCCAUGCUCCUUUUACAAAAAAUACCUGGAAUUGAGAUGGCCCAAUUCGCUAAGGUAUCGAAGUUAUUACAUGAUUCUGAGAAGUGGCAGAAAUUUUUUCUUUCGGCACCUGAGGAUGUAAGAAUUGGUUAGGCACUGAAUGUUUGAGUUUUUCUUUAUGGAUGAUUGUGUUUUGUGUCAUCGUUUAACUUAUUAUUAUCUCACAUUUGGAUGACUGUAAUAACUUAAAUACUUUUAUUAUCUCACAUUUGGAUUACUGUAAUAACUUAAAUACUUUUAUUUCUUGGA